AUGAGAAGCUGGCGAGGCCCCAGGGAGGCCCCCAGUUGCAGCACGAAGCUGCAGCAGCAGCAGCAGCAGCAGCAACAACAGCAACAACAGCAGCAGCAGGAACAGCAGCGGCGGCAGCAGCAGAGGCAGCAGCAACUGCAGCAGCAGCAACAACAACUGCAGCAGCGGCAGCAUCAGCAGCAGCAGCAGCAACUGCAGCAGCAGCAGCAACAACUGCAGCAGAAGCAGGAACAGUAG